CUGGGUUAAUUUGUCGUAGAUUUCGUUUAUUAAUUAUUUUUACAAUAUUUUUCUACUUAUAAAAUAUUUCCUCCCUCUCAUGUAUGGUAGACGUUUUGUAUAUAAUAAUAUGCUGAUAAGUGAUACCACUUCAUUUGCUUGUAUAUAUAUAUGCUUCCUGGAAAGUUCUGUAAAGGGUCAUCGUUUAAUGGGGUCACUGGGGCUUUGAAGCAAGCUAACAUGGAUCUUGAAACUGGGUCAAACAAAAAUCAUGUCAAGAGAGAAUCUUGGAGAACUGUCUUGACAUUGGCUUAUCAAAGUUUGGGUAUUGUGUAUGGAGAUUUGAGUACUUCUCCUUUAUAUGUUUUCAAUAGUACAUUUGCUGAGGACAUUAAUCAUUCAGAAACUAAUGAAGAGAUUUAUGGAGUUUUGUCUUUUGUGUUUUGGACACUUACCUUAGUUCCUCUUGUUAAGUAUGUGUUUAUAGUGUUAAAAGCUGAUGAUAAUGGAGAAGGGGGGACAUUUGCACUUUAUUCACUUCUUUGUAGACAUGCUAGGGUGAGUUCAUUGCCUAAUAAUCAGUUAGCAGAUGAAGAAUUAUCUUCUUACAAGACAGAAGUAGGUGCUAAUCCUGACCCGGAUAGAAUUGGGUCGAGGCUGAAAUCGACUUUGGAGAAGCAUAGAGUUUUGCAGAGAAUUUUGCUUAUAUUGGCAUUGAUUGGAGCUUGUAUGGUAAUUGGAGAUGGGAUUCUCACACCGGCUAUUUCUGUCUUUUCGGCGGUUUCUGGUGUUGAACAACUGGCUAUGCACAAAGAGCAUCACAAAUAUGUAGAAGUCCCAGUAGCAUGCAUCAUACUGAUCGGCUUGUUUGCACUUCAACAUUAUGGCACCCACAGGGUUGGAUUUCUAUUUGCACCUGUUGUUAUAAUCUGGCUUUUGACCAUCAGUGCCAUUGGUUUAUAUAAUGUCCUUCACUGGAAUCCUCAUGUGUACCGAGCACUCUCCCCAUACUACAUGUACAAUUUUCUGAAGAAAACCCAAAAAAGAGGGUGGUUGUCCUUGGGCGGGAUCUUGCUAUGCAUAACAGGUUCAGAAGCUAUGUUUGCCGACUUGGGACACUUCUCCCAGUUGUCAAUAAAGAUUGCUUUCACAACUUUUGUUUAUCCAUCUUUGAUUCUUGCUUAUAUGGGCCAAGCUGCAUACUUAUCUCAGCACCAUAUGACUGCUCAUGAUAAUGAUGUAGGAUUUUAUGUUUCUGUCCCUGAGAAAAUAAGAUUGCCAGUUCUGGUGAUUGCCAUUUUAGCUGCGGUAGUGGGAAGCCAGGCAAUCAUUACAGGAACUUUUUCAAUUAUCAAUCAAUGUUCUUCACUUGGCUGCUUUCCUAGAGUUAAAGUGGUCCACACGUCAACUAGCAUUCAUGGCCAAAUCUACAUCCCCGAGAUUAACUGGAUCUUGAUGAUUUUAUGCUUGGCUGUUACAGUUGGAUUUAGAGACACGAGACGCUUGGGUAAUGCUUCAGGUUUGGCAGUCAUUACUGUGAUGCUGGUCACAACCUGCUUAAUGUCUGUGGUUAUGGUAUUGUGCUGGCAUCAAAGCAUCUUUUAUGCAAUAUGCUUCCUGUUCUUUUUUGGGACAAUCGAAGCUCUUUACUUCACUGCUUCACUUGUCAAAUUUCUUGAAGGUGCUUGGGUCCCAAUUGCUCUUGCACUCAUAUUCAUGAUAGUGAUGUAUGUCUGGCACUUUGGAACAAUCCAGAAGUUUGAGUUUGAUCUCCAGAAUAAGGUCUCUGUUGAUUGGUUGCUGAGCCUUGGUCCUAGCCUUGGCAUAGUACGAGUGCGUGGGAUUGGUCUCAUUCAUACCGAGCUAGUGUCCGGAAUCCCUGCAAUAUUCUCCCACUUUGUUACCAACCUUCCAGCCUUUCACCAGGUCCUUGUGUUUCUUUGUGUAAAAUCAGUACCUGUUCCUCAUGUCGAACAGGAAGAACGUUUUCUUUUGGGUCACGUAGGUCCGAGAGAGUACAGGAUCUACAGGUGCAUUGUACGAUAUGGUUACCGUGAUGUUCACAAGGAUGAUAUGGAGUUUGAGAAUGACCUGAUUUGCAGUAUAGCUGAGUUUAUAAGGACAGGAAAAUCAGACACCAACAGAGAUAUACAUUCGGGAAACAACAACGAGAAAAUGAUGGUUGUUGGAACGCCUUCAACCAGUGCACAGAGUAUAAAUAUGUGGGAAGACAAAUCAGAAGAUUCGGAGAUGGCUGGCACAUCAGAACAGGAUAUACAGUCACCUGAAGUGAAGAAACCAAAGAAAAGGGUGAGAUUUGUCGUUCCAGAAAGCCCCAAAAUCGACAGAGUAGCACAGGAUGAGUUGCAAGAACUGAUGGAAGCCAGAGAAUCAGGGGUGGCUUAUAUACUUGGACAUUCCUAUAUGAAGGCAAAACCUGCUUCUGGGUUUAUGAAAAAGCUGGCAAUAAAUUAUGGGUACGAGUUUUUGAGGAGGAAUUCUAGAGCAUCUACAAAUGCAUUAAAUGUACCUCAUGCAUCCACAUUAGAGGUUGGUAUGGGCUACUAUGUAUAAUGUUGAUAAUAGGUGAAUCGCCAGCCUUUCUUUCUUUCUUUUGGUAUAGAUUAUAGAAUAUAUAGUGUUGUAAAUAUUUUUGUAUAUGAUAUAUAUUCGGUAAAAUGAAAAAAAAUAUAAAUCAUAUGUUGAAGAGCA